AGUUGUCAAAACAACAAGUCAUAUUGAGAAUGUUUUAUUCCCUUAAAACACAAAAUAAUUAAUUAUUUACUUCAAGAUAAAAUUUCAUUGGUAUAAAAACGGACCAAAGCGUAAGCGAGUUAAAAAAUAUUGAGACUCAAAUGUUUUAGUUUUGUAUUUUAUAAAUAGGAGCUCUUAGCAAAAUGUCAAUGUAUACUAAACAAGAUUUCUCUCCACCAAUAUUGUCGAGAAGAUGGUUGACCAUAAAAUUCAGGCCAAAUAUGUUAAUCCACAACCAUCGUCACAUCUUGAUGAUCCUAGAAAGUGGGCUCUUGUUCAGAGAGGAUUGUGUGGAAGUAGAACAGGAGGCAUCCUCCCCCGAGGACAUUUGGAAGCAUGCAGGAGGGAAGGGGAGUGGGCUGACUAGAGGAGAGGGGGUUGUAUCAUUAAUCGGCGUUGCUCUGUGUGUUACAGCAUUUCCUCCUAGGAGUUUGCACCGCUCUUGUUUACUGAAGCUCGCUGGGUACGCGUCUAUUCCAUUAAUGGUGCGAUGGUCCCACCGUUGGGCUGGCUCUGGCCGGCUCGCGCCUCUUCUGUCGAUAAUGAGGGAUUAUUUGGCACUAGCUCGCAGAGCCGCCGCGUGCCUCAAAGAGUACAAGGCUCUCCACGCCACAAUUGAGUCGAUAACAUCUGUUAUUGAAUCGACACACGCGCUUCUGUGUCGUCAACAGAGCGCACUAUGUGUGUGUAUGUCGCGCGCGUCCUCCGCUCUGUUGGGCAACGUUCCGUGGCUGAGGGGCGACGUCGCCUGGUCCGCUGUAGACACGCCCCAACUAGAACUGACGAAAAUCCACCACGCAUUUCUCGUCGUACAAUCUACUCUCUUAAAACAUAUCGCGAUGGCACACUUCGUGCCUCCCCUACAAGCUCAGCGCAUCUACAAAAAUCACAACGAAAGAAUCAAUUGGUUACACCAUACCCUAAUCCAGAGUCUCACUGAAGAAUUCAAGCAAAACCAUGAAAGUCUCGAACGAAUGUAUAGGCUGUUACGAAAUAUAGGAAACAGCGAUUCUAAUAGUACUAGCAAAAAACCGGGUGCGGCUAUGCUGGAUAGCUGGCUGUAUAGUGAUGUCCACAACGGCAUAGCCAGGACUUGUUUAGAACUUAAACUAGUGUCUAACAAAUGUAACUCCAUUGAUGUUUUCCUUGAUUCGUGUGCUCUGAAUAAACAAGAAUUAGAUUUGAACAUCCUAGGUAAAGACAUCGAUGAAUUAGUAGAUGGAAUAACGAAAUGCUUGACUACGGUACAGAAUUCUCAAAUUAGAUUGAAGAAAAUAAAAAACAGAGUAGUUGGAAAAGAAAAUGAAGUUAUAAUUGAUGAGAAAGAUGAUACUGAUGAUGAAAAUAUUGUCAAGAUUGAUGAUAAAUUACCUGAACCUAAAGACGAAGUCUUUUAUUUCGUCAAAACUGAAGACGAUGAAAUCUUACAACCGAUCAGUGAUGUUACAACAGGACCGGGGAAAAAAGAAAGGGAUGCAACUAAAAUUGUGUUCAACGAGUUGAAAAGGAAGCUGGGAAAGAGGGAGGAUGUCAUGAGAGAGCGAGAAAGGCAAGCGUUGGUGAAAACAAUGCCAGAAUACAAAGAAUCAGUUCCAGAAUUCCCGAGACAGAUAAAGUUAGAAGAGUUCGUUGAAUUGAAGGGUUUUUUAUGUAAAAUUAAAAAGUAUCACGCUUUAUGUAAAAAGAAGAAGAAACUCUUCAGAUGUUAUAGAAUAUCAAAAAGAAAGAGAGAUAAAAAGUAUGACUUCCAAAUACGGAAGUACUUAGAUGAGAAUGAAAUAAUACAACCUUAUUACAAAACGGUACUUUUCCCAAAUAAGAAAAGUAUUUUGAUAUCCAUUACUGUUGUUAACGAGAAAUUUGUUGUCACAAAGUGGGUGAAAUGCAUAAAAUCGGAGAUGAACUUAGACAGGUUAGAGACAAACAGCAUAUCAGAAGAUCGAAGCGAUAUAGAACAAAAUAUAAUCAAUAAUGCUACAAACAACAACGAAACGAACGGUCAUUAUAGUAAAAAUUAUAAGUUUUCAAAAAAAGAUUUAGAAUUAUCAAAUUCGUCAUCAGAAAGUGACUUUGAAGCUUACGAAGAACAAAUGGCUUUGCUGAAAGAUGUGAGAAGGCAUAGAGUAGCUAGAAAGAAAAAAUAUCCUAGUAAAAUUACCAUAGACAAAGAAGAUGAAAGCUUAAAACCUAUAGAGUAUAGUUUCGGUACUGGUAUGGCUAUGGCAUCUGUGUUACAGAUAAAUAGUAAUGCUAGAAUGCCCGUUAUGGUUCAAGAAGAAGUAUUUAUAGGUGACGGUGAGGUCUCAAAUGAUAGUGGGAACGACGAUGACGCAUAGAAUUCAUUUCAGUUUGGCAGAGGAAAUGUUUAUAUACAGCCUACAUGUUUAAAGAUCCAGUAUUGGACCAGAACAGAACAAAUCAAACUGUCGUAAAUGGGUGCCCAUAAAAGAUAUUGUCACUAUAGUUACCUGGUUGUGAUUGAACUCUCAAUGUAAACUCUUACGUUAUUAAGAUUUACCUACAAGUAAACAUGUUACCGACUUAAUUAUAAUAGGUGAAAUUACAUACAGUAGAAGCUCAUUAAUCGCGUUUUCGAGUGAAAAAUUUAUAAACUCACGAGUAAAAUCUGCGUAUUCGCGGAUGCAAUCGGUCAUCAUCCUCAUCAGCCUUUUUACGUCCCCACUACAGGGGCUCACGCCUUCCUUAUGGAUAGUUAAGGAGGAUGAGCCAUGACCCUCCACGCUAGCCCAAAGCGGAUUGGAGGGUACUAACGACUGCAAAUGCAACCGAGACCAAUGGCUUAAUUUGCCUUCCGAAGCACGGAGUAUCUCCAGAUAACAAUUUUUUGGUCACCCAUCCCGUGACCGACCCAUGCGAAAGUUGCUUAACGACAACGAUCGCGGGCUGCGGCGCUUAUCCACUACGCCACCGAGCACUCUGCAUGCAUCCCCCGAUGCAAUCAGUAACACUAAGGAAUUCAGCGUCGUUUAUUAACGCAUCGCCAUCUUUUAAAUACUUCGGGCAUAUGUCAGGGCGGCUUUUACAAUACCCUAUAAUUUUUGCUUAGUAGUAGCGUUCAUAAAAUACUUCAAAAAAGCUACAUUUUUUACGCUACAGUAACUUAGUUAUGAAUCUGAAAUUAAAGAUCUUUAAAAACUGGAAAAAAAGAUAAUGAAUAAAACAUUGAAAAAGCCUUAUUUGAACCUGACAAUAAAGAUUGAUUUUAAUUGGUGCUUCUUCAAUCUUACUCAAUUGUAUUUAUUUUGACAUACGUAUUGCUUUUAUUUAAGAACUUUUGAACAUAUCCCCUAUUAGUCUACUCUAAAUGCCAUCCUGUAUUCGCGCCAUUUUUAAGGAACGUAUCCUCGGCGAAUAAGGAGCUUCUACUGUAUUAAAAAUAGAACGUGACGUACGUCAGAUGACAAGAUGGCGCUAGCGUUCUAAUUUGAUAAUUUUAUUUUUUUCUAUGCCUUUAAAUUUGUUACCUUAUAAUUAAUAAAUUAAAUAAUGAUCCAAAAUGACAAACCUUAAUUUAAAUAAAAAAAUAUCCACAUGAAAUUGCAAAAUAGGCUUGUGUCCUACAAGUGAAAAUACCGGCUUCUGUUAUAUGUUCGGAAAAUAUUACGCUUUGAAAACCGAAAAUAAACUACUAAAAUUUGCUAAAAUAUAUAUGGCAUUAAAUAAGUUACGUUACAACUUUCAUUAUAACAGCUAUAAACAUAAUAAUUACACGAAAAUCGCAGCUGAACCAUUGAUAAAGAAUGUCAAGAAUGCUAAUGAUAUCUUUCAUUAGUACCUAAUUCUUAUAAUUUUAUACCAGACAGAAGUAAUACUUAUAAAAUUUACACCAUUGUACCUGUACAGAAAUUUCAUUUUUGAAAAGCGCGUAAAAUGUUAAAUUAUCUAGUCUUAAAAUUCCGCGUUUGCGUUCAAACCGUGUGCCUAAUUGAAUAAUUUUAAAAUCUAUUUGACAUUUUAAAUUUGACAACUGUUUAACAUGUGAUUGCUACCGCAACGUUUUUUCGAUAGAUUGAAUGAACGAUACCGUCAAUUUGUCGCUUAUUUAAGACAUAACUAUUUUUCAAAACUAUUAAGGACUGUUUAAUGCAGUCUUUGGAGCAGUCCAAUUACGUCACACAAAAUUCAUCAUUUUUAACCCCUCCCUCCCCCUCCUGUCACAUGUUUGUCUAUACAAAUUCUACUAAAUAUGGUUCUAAAGUCACAGUUCGUCGACCUCCCCCCCCCCCCCUCCUAACGUGUGACGUAAUUUAUGGAUGGCCCCUUUCGACGGGUUCAACUAAAUUUUUACUAUGUUUAUUGAUCAUUCAAAUUAGCAUUCGUUCCAAAAAGCGAUUGCCGUAUUAAAAAUAAUUCCACGAAUCGCUAGCACAAUCGCUAAACCUUUGAAUGUUAUUGCGAUUGAUAUUGAAAUUAUAUAAUUAGGCCACGUGUCCGUUUAAUAUUAGUUGAUGCAUCCGCCAUGUUUGAUCAUGACACAUCUAACUUGACAGGUAUACUUACCACGAGUAUAAACUUUAUGCAUUUAAGUCUAUAUUUCAAACGUAUUUAUAUUUGUAUACGUGGUUCACUCAAUAUUCUUAUAAUAAUGUUUGUAGACACUCAUAGUUUUAUCUAACACCAGUUACAAUACAUUGAAAUGGUGUGUUGAAAAAAAAUGUUUUUUUUAUUUUUAUUUUGUGUUUUGUUUGAAUUGUUGUAUCAUCUGUUUUAAGUAUAUCUUUUCAAUCUGUGAAAGAUAUACUACUAAUUUAACUAGGAAUAUUUAACAAUCCUCUUAUAUGUACACUAACGCCACAGUGGGUAUAUGUUUGUUUUUUUUUUUUUAAUAAACGAGACUCAUCGCAUCGCCUAUAGAUAAUCUUCAAUCGUGUUGUCCCACAAAAAAAAAGUAAAUCAUAUUCUCUCUGUUUCAUUACGGAAUAAAAUAACAUGGGCCAAUGCUUUUAAGUUACGUUAAAUGCGGUUUUUGUCUUGAAAUUAGUCGCAGGUCAUUUAAUCUAUUUAUUUAAUCUACUCCACAUUUUGUUAUGGGUAGUAGGUUAUUUUAUAUAAUGGAGAACGAAACGUAUGUAUAUAAAUAUAUGAACUGUUACUAAUACUAAAGGUUUUUUUUUAAAUGUCAUUCAUGACCGGGCGAGUGUCCCUAGCGAAUGUAAAGCAGCUUGGGCUCGGCACUUCUCUUACAAACCGCAUCCUUACCAAGUCUACUGUCUAGCCUUAGGCCAACUUUAAUAACGUUUACUUUGUAAUAUUAUGUCUAAAUUUAAAAAAUAUUUUUAAUGAAAUAAAACUUGGUAAAAAGUUUUAAAAUUAAAAUAAAUCUAUACGCGAAAAUUAUCGUCAAAAAAUAAUUAAAACAACGCCAUCUUUUGACAGACAAAAAUAAUGAAUACGUGAUUUUGCAUCUUAAUGUCAAAUAUUGCAAAACAAAUCUAUUAAUAUUUUACUUUGUGGCGGUUAUGUGCAUAUACUUCGAUUCAUGACGAUAUAUUGCAAAUCGUCGUUUACUAUCAUAUUUUAAUAAUAUACUAAUGAUCAUUGAAUUAAUUAAUUAAUGUUGUUCUCAUAUGAAAGUUGUAUGAUUUGUAAAAAUAUAGAUAAUUUAUAUUUAAGUGAUUAGUGGCUUAUUAAAUCUAGUCCGCAUUUAUUAUUGUUUUUUAUUUAUCUGAGUGAUUUCAUGUCAUUAUAUAAAAUUACUAAGUAACAUCUCUCUUGAAUCGGCUGUACAACAGGCCACCACAAUAAGCCAAAUUUCCACAAUUGAUUUUGAACUCUACGUCCAAAGUAUUAGAAUUAAAAAUCAUGUGGAGAAAUUAAGUUACAAUAUACAAUAUUCUGACGUGCAUUUUAAUGUAGUUAUAUGUAAAUAAGAUAUUAAAUGCGAUGACGAUGACAUAGCUGUAUAGUUAGCAUAGAAAUACGUCAGAUAAAAACUUAUUUCUGAUGUAUAUUACAAGCUCUUUAGGCCAUAAACAUCUACCCCGCACGUAUGUGCUCCAGCAGUGGAGAGCAUGGUAAGAAAGUAUUACAUAGAAAACAAUUAAAUGACUGUUUUUUGAGAACUUUCAUUUUUAAUUUACUUAUUUUGUUGCAAUGUUACAAAAAGUUGCAAUAAAACAACUAGUAUCAAAUAAAUACAAAUAUUAGACAUUAUAUAUAUUUCUCAGACACCAAAUAGGGAAAGCAGCCAAAUUAUGGAAAUCUGAAACUACGGAGGUACGCGUGACCGCAUGUUCCUCUUCACACCACCACCAUAAGCAGAGUUAGCAGAGUUCUAUACAAAGUACACAAUGUAUAGUCUGACGUGCAGCUGUAUGUACCACAACAAGAAUUAUAAAAAAAUAUCUAUAAGGAUACCAUUUUUUACUUUUGAAGUGUGGGUUCCUAAACAUGAUUGAACUGAAUCGAUGUGUUCGUCAAGAUAGCAGGCACAUCCAAGAAUUU